AUGGCUGUCUUCUAUGCGAUUGAUCCCCUUUGCGAUGCCGACUUUGAGCGUUUAAGCCACAUUUGCGAAGCGUCUGCCACAGUUGCACACCCUGCCACCCGCCCUGAACGACAAAAGCACCCAGCAGGGUCAAAGAGACCCUUGGCGGAUCGCCCCUGGGACCGCGCAAUACAGCAACUGCACCGGAGCAUUCUGGGAGAAUAUUGGACGCUCGGCUUAUUCCUCGAAGCUUUCAUGUUUGAUCGCCGGUACCUAUGUGACGAUGCAUAUGGCCAAUACCGACUCAACUCCUACCUCUGUCCCGUCCUUCAAUCUGUCGCUGCAAUUCUCUACGAACAGGAGUGCGGUGGCCAUCUCGAGCCUAUCGAAGGGGCAAAAUUCAACUCCUUCAUAUAUCGUAUACACAGCGUCCGAGCGGUCGACUUAAUUCCGUCUCUUUUCGAGCACAUGCUUGUCAUCGAUUACGGCCUCGGAAUACAUCCACUGCGUGGAGGAGGCUUCUGGUCACCGGUAUGGUUUAUGUGGCGUGACCUAAUACCGCAUGUCAAGGAACUGGCAAAGCAUCUCUGCUGGAUGGUGGGCCAGUGUAGCCAGGGUGCCAUACCGGGCAUGGAUAUGUUGGACUUUAUGGGCCAUCGCUUGAAUCAGAUAGGGUACUCAUUCAAUAUGGCUGACGUUGGGAUUAUGCUAUUCUACUACCAUACUCAUCAUACAGAGUUAAGCCAACAAGAGUACUUUGAAGGUUUUACGGGCUAUACGGGGGUUCUGAACGAGCUGGUUGCAGAGAUUCCGACGAGAGGGCCAGGCCGUCUUACUCGGAAGCUUUCCGUCGACUUCUACGAGCUUAUUCCAAAAUGUGUCAGGAACGUCGAUCUUCGACAUGAACUUCGCGUUGCCGUACUGCAAUUGGCGAUCGAGCAUGGGAUCAGGAUCCGUGGCCCUGAGAUUACAAAGGACUUGUCGAAUUGGGCAGCAUGA